UACCUGAACCUGAAGUAAUUAAAACAACGGAUCCCGCAUCAACAUCAAAAAAAGACGACGAAAAGGAGGAGGAAAAACAAAAAGUGGAAAAUAGCAAGACAGAGAAAGAUGUCAACGAAAAAAAUAUAGAAGUAAAACCUCCGUCAAUACCGCCUAAGCCGGAACAAUAUAUUUUGCAUCGAGACUUUUUUUAUUUACGCGAAUCCGGUCUGAGAAGAAAACGACAAGAAAAAGAGGCACAUAACGUUUUGAGGCAGCUACCCAGUGUCCCGAAAACUUCGCUAAAUAAUACGAACAAUUAA